UUGAGCAGUUUGGUCUCGAACUCCAGACCUCACGUGAUCUGCCUGGGCCUCCCAAAGUGCCGGGAUUGCAGGUGUAAAACCACCGCGCCCUGCCAGAACUUUUGUGAUGUAAUUCUGAUAACCACAUGCUGUGCUUGAAGAAGGGGAGAGGAGGGAGAAUUUCACGUGUCUGAUCUGGGCAGCCACCUUUAAGCUCUUUAUGCUGAGAUUUUGUUCAAUUCUUGCCCUAUGCUUUAAAGAACUGGGGCAAGAGAAUGUGAGUGGGAGGACGAGAAGUAUGUUCUUGAGGCUGCUACUCUGCAAGGUGGUUUGGGACCAUAGCCCGAGUAAGCCCUUUCAGCUCCAGAGUCACAAAAAGGGCGGAAGCCGUUUCUAUAGCGACGGGAGGAGGGCGUGGCCGUCCCUUGCACUCAGCUCGGCUCUCCCAGCCUCCCGCAGCGGCGGGCGGUCGGCGCCAUCCUCAUGCAGCUCCUCCCGCCGCCUACCCGCACCGGAACAAAGACUCAAAUGGAUGCUAAAAAGCCAAGGAAAUGCGAUUUGACUCCCUUCCUGGUUUUGAAAGCAAGAAAGAAACAAAAGCUCACCUCUGUGAAGGCUGGAAGUAAACCUUCAGUUCAAGUCCAGAAGCCACCUUCCAACACCAAGAACUCCAGAAUGACCCAAGUCUUUCAUAAGUUUCUCCUUCUACAGAACUCCAGUGUUACUUCACUCCCCUUUGUGGACGCCAAGGGGAAGAAGAAUAUGGUAAGCUUCCCACGCAUUAGCAAGAAAGUCCUGCUGAAGUCAUCCCUGCUGUAUCAGGAGAAUCAAGCUCACAAUCAGAUGCCGGCCUCAGAGCUCAAGGCUUCAGAAAUACCUUUGCACCCUAGCAUUAAAACCCAGGAUCCCAAGGCAGGGGAGAAGUCACCAAAGAAGCACAAGGUGCCUCUGACAGCGGCAGUGUUUUUCACAGAGGCCCUAAAGCUUUUUAAGAAUCAGCUGUCUCCAUAUGAGCAAAGUGAAAUCCUGGGCUACACGGAGCUGUGGUUCCUGGGGCUUGAAGCCAAGAAGCUCGACCUGGCUCCUGAGAAAUUUAGCAAGACGAGUUUUGAUGAUGAGCAAGGCUCCUAUCUGAAGGUCCUGCAUGAUCACAUUGCCUACCGCUAUGAGGUUCUGGAGAUGAUCGGGAAGGGGUCCUUUGGACAGGUGGCCAAGUGCUUGGAUCACAAAAACAAUGAGCUGGUGGCCCUGAAAAUCAUCAGGAACAAGAAGAGAUUUCACCAGCAGGCCCUGGUGGAGCUGAAGAUCCUGGAAGCUCUCAGAAAGAAGGACAAAGACAACACCUACAAUGUGGUGCAUAUGAAGGACUUUUUCUACUUCCGCAAUCACUUCUGCAUCACCUUUGAGCUCCUGGGAAUCAACUUGUAUGAGUUGAUGAAGAAUAACAACUUUCAAGGCUUCAGUCUGUCGAUAGUUCGGCGUUUCACUCUCUCUGUUUUGAAGUGCUUGCAAAUGCUUUCUGUAGAGAAAAUCAUUCACUGCGAUCUCAAGCCCGAAAAUAUAGUGCUGUACCAAAAGGGCCAAGUCUCUGUUAAAGUCAUUGACUUUGGAUCAAGCUGUUAUGAACACCAGAAAGUAUACACGUACAUCCAAAGCCGGUUCUACCGAUCCCCAGAAGUGAUCCUGGGCCACCCGUACGACAUGGCCAUUGACAUGUGGAGCCUGGGCUGCAUCAUGGCGGAGUUGUACACGGGCUACCCCCUGUUCCCCGGGGAGAAUGAGGUGGAGCAGCUGGCCUGCAUCAUGGAGGUGCUGGGUCUGCCGCCAGCCGGCUUCAUUGAGACGGCCUCCAGGAGACAGACGUUCUUUGAUUCCAAAGGUUUUCCUAAAAAUAUAACCAACAACAGGGGGAAGAAAAGAUACCCAGACUCCAAGGACCUCACGAUGGUGCUGAAAACCUAUGACACCAGCUUCCUGGACUUUCUCAGAAGAUGGGAACCUUCUCUUCGCAUGACCCCGGACCAGGCCCUCAAGCAUGCUUGGAUUCAUCAGUCUCGGAACCUCAAGCCACAGCCCAAGCCCCAGACCCUGAGGAAAUCCAGUUCCUUUUUCCCUUCUGAGACAAGGAAGGACAAGGUUCAAGGCUGUCAUCACUCGAGCAAAAGAGAUGAGAUCACCAAUGAGACUACUGAGAAAACAAAAGAUGGCUCCACGAAGCAUGUUCAGCCUUCAGGGGAUCAGCAGGACUCUCUCCAGCACAGAGCUGACACUGUUCAGCUGCCUCAACUGGUAGAAGCCCCCAAGAAGUCAGAGGCACCUGUUGGGGCAGAGGUGUCCACGACCUCCCCGGGACAGAGCAAAAACUUCUCCCUCAAGAACACAAACAUUUUACCCCCUAUUGUAUGACCUUUGCUGAGGGUAUGUCCUGCUCCUUUCCACCAGUGAUUUGUAUUAAGACAGCACUUAUAUUGUACAAUACUUCAGACUGUUUUUUUUAAAUACAUAAAAGUUUAUUUUUAAAAAACUCUAUUAAUAUGGCCAAUUGGCAUGAUUCCUCUUAUGAGGGAUGGGGAAGGAUGUCCUUGCACUUAAAUUCAUUCCGUAUGUGUUUGUGUGUGUAUAGGGGGCAGGUAGUUUUUAACUCUCAAUGUUGUAGCAUCAUUAAGGGAACUCUUACACAAAAGAAAAUUUUUUUUCUUCUUGCCCAUGACUGCCAACCUAUGUCAAGAUUUUUGUUUGAAAAAUGAUAGAAGCUGAAUUCAGAAGUAGUUUAAACAGCCGAAGACAUUUAUUGACUUAUAUAACUGGGGAAUCAGAAAGGGUAGAUGUAGUUUCAGUCACAGCAGGAGUCAGGAAUUCAGAUGAGGUUGUAGGGCUCAGACUCCCUCUUCAUCUAUUAGCCUUGUUUCUCUCUAUGGUUAACUUCAUCCUGAUGACAGGCCCUGCUCAGAAGUUAACCACCAAUAUCCAGUCAAAAGAUACCGGCUUCGUUGCUAAGAGGGAGUCUCCAAAAUGAUUGUGACACAGAAACUGUGACUGGGAGACCGGGAUGCUUGGCCAGUCUGGGUCCCAAGCCCACAGUGAUGGUGAAGGCGCUGUGACUGAUGCUUCUUUAGACUAGAGCAAGGGAUGGAAGGUUUCCCAAAGGAAGGGAAGCUGGGUAAACAAGCAGGACAUGUUCACUCAUCUAUCAUAUGCCACCUCUAAGUAUGUCUUCUUACUUCCCUUUCUAAUCCUCAUCUAUACAAAUACAUGAUUUUUUUAUGUGGUUAUCAUAGGACAGAUAGUAUUUUACAUGAAACUUAAGAUCAUAACAUCAGAAACAUAGAAUAUAUAAAAAUAAUUUUUUUACUUGGCAUUUGGAAUAACCUCCCCCAAUAUAGUUUUCAUUUUAAUAGUUGCAUAAUAUUUUAUGAAGGGGGACACCAGAUCAUUGAAGCAAUGGAUUUUGAUGUAAUCUCCCAGGGAAGAUCUUGAGUUAGAAUAGCAGAGGGUUGAGAGAAAAUCCUAGGAAAGAUAAAUAUAUAAGGAGUUGCCAGAGUUGAGGAGGUCCCCCAAGAGACCCAGAGAUAUAGAAAGAAAAUUAGAAGCCAAUGGAGAAGUUUCUAAAUGGAAAGAAGAGUCAAGAAUAGAAAAUUUCCACAGAAAAUUCAGGAAAAGAAUAGAAAAUAUUCCUUAAGUGGGGCGAUAUGGACAUUAAGUCAGAGCAGUGUUAGAACAGGUAACUUAUCCCAGUUUCUAUAGCCCGAAAACCACCAAACCAGCGAUAGAACUCAGAUCCUUGGGAGCAUUCUUGACACGAUCUUCAACUAUGGAUGAAGUUGGAGGUGGACAUUUGUUCUGCAGCUCUGCAGAGAAUUAGAAGCCAAGUCUUCAACAUUGUAAUCAGGAUGAUUUUGAUUGAAUAUUAGAAAGUAUCUUCUGAUUUUCAUGGUUAUAAAAGGUUAAAAUGAAUUCUUGAUAAACUGUGGCUUAUUUUAAGAGAAUAGUCUAAAUAUGGAAGCUGCAAAUUGUGACACAGACAGGGGACAGGCUGAGUGACCUUCAGCAGGGCCUCUCAGUCCAGCUCUGUUGUACCUUUACCAUUCAUCUGGUUAUUUUUUUCACUCCUCGGAUUUCUUUACCUGAUUGUACCAUUGGAUCCCAAGGAAAUAAAACAUGUGGAGCCCUUUAA